UUCGAGAUCGGCCAGCGCGACGUCGUGACGUGUUCUCAUGGUCGGUCUGUUAAGUAAGGAUCAUUCGAAUGCAUUGUGUCGCUCAGUAAUUUAGAACGAUCGAUCUCUAUCGAUUGUAAUUCGAAAAUCGAAGUUCCGUGUGGUGUCAGUGAAACGAAAAAAAAAAAAACCUAGCGAGAGACGGAGAACAAACGGUGUAGUGAAGAACGAGACUCUUUUUCGAGGAGAGUGAAAAUAGGCAGCGAUCACGAUGGCAGCCUAUCGUGAGCGUCCCACCUGCGUCGCGAUAGCCGUUCUGCUGCUACAGCUAGCAGUUUACGCGAAAGCGGUAGACCCGCACUUGGAGAUCUUACCGAGCACGAUGCUGACGAGGCCGAUUCACACUAGCGUCCUUAUUACAUGCAAACCAAAAGUGGACAAUCCGGACCUCGUCUCGAACAUGCAGUGGUUCGACCCGCAGGAACGCUUGAUCGACCCUCUCAACAGGAACAAUGCUUACUCGAAGCCAUCCAUGUACACCGAGUUGCACACCGAUGGCAGUCUAUCCCUGAUUUUCAAUUCUAUCGAGGAGAAGCAGGCUGGCAAAUACACUUGCAAGGGAACUUAUACACGCAACGAAAACAUGAUGGCAAUUGUGACGAUCGAUACCAUUAUCGCAAUCACAUGGGACAACGCACCGGAAAACCAAUAUCCCAUUCUGGGAGAAGACUAUGCUGUUCAGUGUCAGGUACGCGCCAGACCUUCGCCUUCGAUCGAUUGGCUUUACAACGGAGAAUUGAUCAGAACAAACGAUCACUACGUCAUAGAGCCUUACUCUUUGAAGAUCAAGAACGUUCAAGAGUCCGAUGACGGUGUAUACACUUGUCGUGCAUCGGUGCAAACCACCGGAGAAUUGAAAGAGCGACCCAUUCGCGUUGAGGUGCACAUAAGACCUACAAUCGAUGAGAUUUUGAGUCCGGUGGACAUCGUCGAGGGUGAGAACGCGAACAUCGAGUGCAAGGCCAAGGGCAAGCCGCCACCGACAAUCUCGUGGAUCAAGUCGAUCAGCCAGCAGAAUCUUUCCAACGCCGAUCGCUUUGGUGUGAAUCCAGUGACGGGUCAGCUUACUAUCACCAACGUACAUCGCGACGAUGCGGGCGAGUACCAGUGCAUUGCGGAGAACCGCGCCAAUAUUACCAAGGCCAACAUUCAGGUGAACGUGAUUGUCAAACCGAAAAUCAUGGAGUUUGAGAACAGGACCUCGGUGGAGGGCAAGAGAGCGCAGAUCGCGUGCAAAGCCUUCGGCCGGCCACCGCCCUCGGUAACGUUCCGAAAAUUCACGGCCAACAAACCGUUCACGAUGGGCGUUCAACCCAAGGACGAUCGAAUCAUCAUGGAGAAUAAAACGAACGAAUUGAGCGGCGAAACUAUUGGCAUCCUGACGAUCGACAACGUUCUCACCGACAACGACGGUCUGUACGAAUGCGUGGCGUCGAACGUAGGCGGCGUCACCUACAAGAAUGGCCACUUGACUGUCGAAUUUCCGCCAUCCUUCCGCAGCAUGCCGAACGUCACUGUCUAUUCGUGGAAUCAACGACCGGUUAAUCUCACUUGCAUUGCCGAGAGCAUACCGAAUGCGACAAUAGAAUGGCAGUUCGGCCAUAAUCCAAUUGAUCGGCUUGAGGAAUAUACUGGAGGAUACAUCAAGCAAAUCGGCAACGGGCCGUACUCAGUUCUCAGAGUGGAGCCGUACAACCAAAGGUUGUACAACUAUUACAGGUGCGUCGCUACAAAUACGCACGGCAAGCGAGAGAUUUUGAUAGAGCUGAGAGAAGCGAAGGUACCCGACAAUCUCCGUCAGGUCAAGAUGAUCGAAAUGACAGCCACAACGAUCCAGUUUGAACUGAUACCGCCAGAAACUAGAGAUCUGCCCAUUGAAACUAUCACCGUGCAAUACAAAGAGAACACCCGAGAGACCUGGAUACAAGCGAGAAACAAGACGUGGGUUAUCGGUUCCGUAUACGUCAUCGAGGAUUUAAAACCGCAGACGAACUAUGAGUUUCGAUUUGCAGUAAGGAACCAAGUUGGUAUGAGCAACUGGGGUUCCAAUUACGUUGAGACUAUGCCCGGCAGGACGGUGCCGAACAUACCGCGAUUCGUGAGGAAGAAGUCACUCACCGAUUACGAAUUGUCGCCGUUCAACAACCAGUAUGAGCUCAGCUGGGUGACGCCGCCUGAUAACGGCGAGCCCAUAGAUAAGUACCUGAUCAAGUAUUGUGAAGUAACGCCCGGCACUUUCCAAGUGUUGGAGAACACCUGCGAGCGUACGGAAAUUAACUCCCAGGGUAGGACAAGGCAGUAUCUGAAGAUGCUGAGGUCCGAAACCUUCUACAGAGUCGAGCUGCAGGCUCACAAUGUGAUGGGGUACAGCAAAUCUGGAGUCCUCUCUUUUAAGACGGCUAGAGAAACUGUGGGCAGCACUGUGGACUACACAGUAGUAUCUGAUGCUGGUGAUACUUGCAAGAUCGCCGUGGCCGCCAUUACCGCAGCAGUAAUGCUCCUAUCUCUAGCCAUUUAGAGUCGUCGUCAGGGAUAUUAGCUCCUCGCGCGCUAAUCCUCCUCCGUUUUGUUGUCGUGAAACGCGCGUGAUAGGAAGCGAGGCGAGUUUCGCCGACCGUACAAGCGAGAGACACACACGCUCCACUAAUAUUAACACACACCCCAUCGUGAUUUUCUGCGGCUCUCUCGUGUUUCGUCCGAAUCUGAUCGGCUUUACCUUAGGUGAAUCUCGGAGGCGGAGUGAGUUUACGAAAGUUUCGAGUGCGAGACACGACGGCGAAAGUUAAUCGCGGGAACAUUUAUACACACUAUUGUGUCGUUCAUUUAUAUCCAGUUAGUAGUAAAAAAAAAACGAAAUCGACAACGAAGAAGCUAAGCAAUUCGACACGUUGACACGGGUACAUUCCGAAGUAAAACGAGAGGUAGCAUUUAAGUGGGUUUUGUAUGAUGAAAAGCGCGAGGAAGGUCGUGAAGCGAACUGUAUUUAUACUUAUUCUUUGUUAAAUGCUCACUUUUUUAGCAUAAACGUACUGGUAUGUUUGCUUUCUUUAAUUUUUUUUUUAUCUCUUUUUUUCUUUUUAAGUUUAAGGCUGUACUUUCUGGUGACUUGUAAAAGACGGGUGCUGGCAGUGCGCAAAAGAUAAUAUGUAAUCAAGACGUUUGUAUUAAUUACUUUAAUUCGUGCUCCAUUUUUUUUUCUUCUUUUUUAUCAAAGCCAGACUCUCAAUUUUCAACAAAGUUUGAGAUAAGUCACGACAAUGCAUCGAAUUUUACAGUUAGCUUUUGUACGGUAUCUUAUAGCGAUAAUUAGAAAGAAAUGUGCUUCCUUAUAUAUGUACGUUGGUUCGAGCAUAAAUUAUUGAAUAGGUGUGUGGCUAUACGAGCGUGAGAUUAUAAGGUAGUGACUAUAAGCGUGCUACUGCCCUAAAUUGCCAAUUACGUCUAGCAGGAAAGAGAAAAAGUCGAUAUUAAAAACGAAUGGCCACGUUACAAAUUGUGGCGACUCGUACAAAUCAUGCACGACUAUAAUAUAAUAACGUACUUCGUUAAAUACUUGCAAUUCGUACACCGUUUGCUGAGUUUGCCGAUUAAUAUACGUCGAGAGUAUUUUUAGACGAAAAACUUUUUUCACGUCUUCUGCGAUCUGACUUUGACAAGAGCUGGUUGAAACACACGUUUGCCAAUGAUAAAACGGAAUAUGAGGGAGAGAGAGAAGAAUAAUACAGCGAUUAAGGAAAUGCAAUUAAAGAGUAUUCAGAUACUCGCAGAGAUCCAUCAUGGCUGUC